CCCGCCCUUUUGCCAUUUUGAUUAUCCGCACUUGAAAUCUAAAUCGAUUGCAUCAACUUUAUCCAAAAUGCCUCCCAAAGCUGCCGACAAGAAGCCCGCCGCCAAGGCCCCCUCAACCGCCAGCAAGGCUCCCGAGAAGAAGGACGCUGGCAAGAAGACCGCCGCCUCUGGCGAGAAGAAGAAGCGGUCAAAGACUCGCAAGGAGACCUACAGCUCCUACAUCUACAAGGUCCUCAAGCAGGUCCACCCCGACACUGGUAUCUCCAACCGUGCCAUGUCCAUCCUCAACUCGUUCGUCAACGAUAUCUUCGAGCGCGUUGCCACCGAGGCUUCCAAGCUGGCUGCCUACAACAAGAAGUCCACAAUCUCUUCCCGAGAGAUCCAGACAUCUGUCCGGUUGAUCCUGCCAGGUGAAUUGGCCAAGCACGCCGUCUCUGAGGGCACCAAGGCCGUCACCAAGUACUCUUCAUCCACGAAAUGAAAAGGAUCAUGUUGGCUGGUUCUGAUUUCAAAUCUGAAAACUUGGGUUUUUGUUUGCGUGACUUUAGUGUCUUUACUCGAGACGAUGGGUGACUGUGUUUCGCCUUUGGGAUCUCUUAAUGCGUU